ACACCACAAACCCUUCGCCAUUUCUCCCUCUCUUGCCACAGGAAUCAAACAAGCUCGAGUGAUGGCAACGAUACUCCGAUGUCAUUUUGGAGAAAGUUGAAAGAGUAUCCCGAGCUGUUUGAAAUGCUCAAGGCCUCGCGACAUAGAUCAACCAAGGAGUUCUAUGCCAGAAUACGUGCAGAGCCAGAAUUGCUUAGAAUGAGACAAGAAGAACACAGUCGCGUUACGAAGCUGCUUUAUUCUAAUUCCGAGUAUCGCGCCUCGCACAAAAGAAAAGCCAUUGCUUGGAAUCACGCUCACAAACACGAUGAACACCUCAUCAUUACCAGAGCUAUUCACGCAUGGUUCUUUCGUUACCCUAGAACCCGCCCCGAAUCCUGCAGUUGGGCGGGUGACCAUCAACUCAUGCCCUGGAAAACCCAUCGUCCGAUCAGCUAUCACGCAAAGACCGCAUGCUAUUGUACGUCCUGUGGCAUAGAGCGUCAGUUGAAGGGAAUGACCCAAACGUGUUUUCUGUGCAACACGCACUAUGCAGAGCGUGGCUGGUCCGAAGCAAUGCCCAAAGGCUACGAAGACAUUAGGACAUUUGGAAAUCUACGUGCACGAUAUGACAAACUGAACGGCUCCAUGGCCAGCCAAUCUGCCUACAAUACAAUCAGGCAGAGACAAUCAGAGACUUCU